AUGUUCGAAGAUGAAGAGAAAACGAAACUGAAGCCAUCACCAGAGUUUUUGUCUUCAUUGGACACAAACUCUCGUCAGUUAAUUGAUAAAAUAGUGGCAGAAGUUGAAAUAAUGGAAUGGAUGAUGCCACAUCCACCAUCUAUUUUGCGGGAUAAACAGUGGGAAAAGUUGAUGACAAUAGAGAAAACGGAAGAUCGAGUAGCAUAUUUACGAGCAUAUGCAAAACAUGUUUUUCGCGAUGAAAUGCGCGAAGCUAAAAGAAAGGCGAUUGUAGAUUCACGAAAUGCAUUACUCAAUUUUCAGCGUGCGAAGUUUGAUGCUGGUGCCAUGGGCUACGGCCCAACAAUGCAUGAAUUAAUCAUUUCUAAUAUGGAGCGUAAUGCGAGAAGAAUCAAACAUAUCGAGGGAGCAGCGAUGUGGAGAACUUUACGGCUGAAGGAAAAACCACGACUUGUCAUGGACUGUCAGUUUAUCGCUGAAAAAUUCGAUGACUUUUCGUCUCGUCUCGCUACGCAACUGGAAUACAUCAUACAAGAAAAUCUUCGACGUCGGGAACCAUUUGAUUUGUCUAUUGUCAAUUACGAUGAAAACAAUCCAAACUGUCAGGAUGUCACGAAACUCCUGAAGACUCAGUAUGCUCAUCAGACAAUUCUGCCACUGCAUACAGACAAGGAUGUAGUUGAUUUGUACAAUAAAGAAGAUAUCAUUUAUAUUGCCAAGUGGGCUAAGCAAGUAAUACGAACUCCAUUAAACAAUGAAGUUUACGUGAUAUGUUUGGGACGUGAUAAUCGAUUACCUCUUGGUGCUGCUCGAAAGCGUCAAUGUCGUACAGCACGUAUACCAUUUAAUGAACAUUUCAAACUUUAUAAUUUUCACUUUCUUCCUUUUACGAGUGUAGUGCGAGUUCUUCAUGAGGUUUAUCAAACUGGUGGAGACUGGCAUACAGCUAUAUUAAAUGGUAUUUCCAGAAGAUAUUUCAUUCCUCAAGAAGACAAUAUAUCCAGAACAAUAAGUACACAGGCAAGGCUCAAAAAUGAAGAGAUGACUAAUCAAAUAUCGCAAAUGGUUAUCGAUGCUCUACAAGUUGAUAAUGAAAACAAAUAA